GUUUCUUUCGUCUAGAAACGGCACAGCAGGAUUUGUGUCUGAGCUCAGCUGCGCCUCAACAGCCCGGAGAGAGAGAGUUUGACUGCACACGGGACUUUAACACCGGUCUGGACUGCACGAGGACAAACGCGAGGGACGGUGUGAGCUGCUGAUGGACCCGGAGAUGAGAUAGCUCCCAUUACCGAGUCCAUCUCUCCAUCCUUCCCCCUGUGGUCUGACGGACGCACGCUUCUUCUUCUUUUCUUUUUUUUUCCUCCUUCCUUUUCUGAUGAUGUAAGUGUUUUUGAGACAAGAAGACCGAGUCCACUCACAUCUUCUGCGCUCAGGAGCCCACGUCCACGAUCAGCUCCGCGGGACGUUGCGCACUUCUCCACUGGUUGUUCCCUGGGGGUCUGUGAGAGGUGGUGCAGUCAUGUGGCAGAGGAUCCAGAUUUGCUGCGCACUGUUUGCGCUGUGUUCAGCGGCACCGCCUGCUCACAUCAACCGCCUGGCGCUGUUCCCUGACAAGAGCGCCUGGUGCGAGGCCAAGAACAUCACGCAGAUAGUCGGGCACACAGGAUGUCAGCCUCGCUCUAUCCAAAACAGAGCUUGCCUGGGCCAGUGUUUCAGUUACAGUGUCCCCAACACGUUCCCACAGUCCACAGAAUCCCUGGUGCACUGUGACUCGUGCAUGCCGGCCCAGACGCAGUGGGAAGUGGUGACUCUGGAGUGUCCCGGCAGUGAAGACGCUCCUCAUGUGGACAAGCUGGUGGAGAGGAUCUUUCACUGCAGCUGUCAGUCCUGCAGUAAGGAAGGCGCCCAGGAGGGGGCAGUGAUGCAGCUGUAUCCGACAGACAACGGCCUGGAUGCCGCCCCGUCUUUGCCCGACGCCCUCGCCGGCGCUCAGUCUCACCCUCUGCCCCACUCAGACACACACUCCAACAACAAGCACGCUCACGCACACACAGACCAUCACACACUGCCACACACAUCAGAGUAGGUCUGUCUGUCUGUCCGCCUGUCUGUCUGUCUGUCACUCUUUCCUCGUCUGCCGUCACUCUCCUCCACACUGCAUCGUCUGUAGUAAUAAUAAUAAUAAUGAUGAUGAUGAUGAUGAUGACAAGACUUUAUGUGUUAAAGGUCCACUGUGUAACAUUUGUAUCGUCGUCUGGUUGUUUUUCAUGAGCCCAGAAAGAGCUGCGUCAUGUGUACAGUAGCCCACAGUGGACAAACUAAACAUCAUUUCAUUUUCUUGAUGUUAACUGAAGGCUACAGAUGUGUAUCAAUAUGUUUUGAAUAAAACAAAAAUUAACCACACAAUCAAAAUACACAAAUUGCAAAUAAAAUAUCAAUUUAAUCAUUUAAAAAUAUUGUAUUUUAUUUGCUUGAAAAAACACUUUGUUUGAAGUUAUCAGAAUUUUGUUUGCGCUCCCUCUUGGUUUUUUCUUUGCAAUUCUGACCAUGGGCGGGGCUUAAAAGCUGCCUGCUGAUUGGCUACGUAUCUAACGUUUAUAAUCUGACAAAUGUUAGAUACUUCUAACAGAUACUCUAAUCCCGUGACUUCCGGUCCAUUGAGCUGUCGCUCCAAAACCUAGUAGCCAAUCAGCAGACAGCUUCCUAAGGCCCCGCCCAUGGUCAGAAUUGCAAAAAAAGAACAAGUGAGGGAACGCAAACAAAAUUUCAAUCAUUGCAAACAAAAAGUGUAUUUUCAAACAAAUAAAAUAAAAAUGAUAUUUUUGAACGAUUACAUCGAUAUUUUAUUUGCAAUUUGUUUGGUUGAUUUUUUGUUUGAUCAAUUCAUAAACGUGCAGCUGUACGUUUGACACACUUUAAUGAAACAAGUCUCUCUGCGUCACGCUAUCAAAUUACACUCUAUUGUAUAAAAGCUCACAACAAGAACACGCAGCAGCUUGGCCAGUUGUUUGUUGAUUUAACGCGAGCACAUUAUGUGCGUGAAGACUCUCACGACUCUGCUCUGUUAAUCACUUUUAGUCUCAUUUAUCUGCUUUGAACACAAUAAAUCAGAGUUGUUGUGAUAAGAA